AUGUUUAUUUCAACAUUAGUAAGUCCAUCAAUAAUUAUUUAUGCGCAAUAUCAAGUUGUUUAUACUGUUCCGGAAUCUACUCAAGUAAUCUGUGUCCCCCACGAAUGUUCUUGGGCAUGGGCUGGAGAUUUAAUUUAUGUAAUAUUUGUUUCAUUCUAUGGACUUACAUUGGCCAACUAUAUAAUUAUUUGGAUUGUUCUAAAAUGGCAUUCUUGGAAAAGUACUAAUCAAAAUUUAGGUAAAAAUUGUUCAAUGUUUCUUUCUGUUUAUGGGGCCCAAAGUCCACAAUUCCUCAAAAGGAUUGUUAAUAUUUUUUGAAAUAUUUUACUAGACAUUUUAAAAAAACCUCAACAUAAGUCUGAGUCUAAACAAUUGACUAAAAGACCUGAACGUCUCUAAGAGAUUAAUUAAAAUAAACUUAAAUUUUCAGCUUCACCAUAUGAGUGGACCCGCAGAAUUUUAAAAACAUUAUCAAUCAUUCUUUUUUUAAAUUUAAUUGGGUUGUCAAUGAAUAGCAUUAUACGUCAAGAAUAUAAAACUGCAUUUAUGUCAGCAUUCAAAAUAAAAUC